AUGAACGGCAAGACGGGCGUCGUCGUCUCCGCGAGCGCUUCGACGGGCCGCUUCGGCGUGCGCGUGGCGGGCGAGGCCAAGGCCCUCGCACUGAGGCGCGCUGUGCAAUGGCCGGCCAACCUGGAGCCAGCGGCCGAGGCGGUGGAGGUGGGCAGGCUCAUCCUCAAGGCUGCGGAGUGGUCGCCGCAGUCGCACGAGCUCUUCCCGGAGGCGGCUCGCAAGUGGGCGGUCGAGGUGAUGCGGCUGGGCUACCUGAUCGCGUGGGACGAGGAGCGCUUCGACGGCGAGGGGGCGGCGCCGGGGCUGGUGGACCUCUGGCGCAGCUUUGUGCUGCCGAGGGUGGUGGUGCGGGCCGCCGCAGGCGCACCGCGUUCCCCAUGA